GCCUGAUGUAUUGCUAUGAGAACUAUGCUCGGAGCAGGGUUAUCGUUUCUUCUUCUCGUCCUUGGAGCUCAGGCUCGUCCUGAACUAGAUGACAACUGGGAAGCAUUUAAGACCAGAUAUGAGAAGAACUAUGAAAGCAGUGAGCAUGAAGCACAAAAAAGAUUAGCUUGGGAGGCAAACUAUGACUUUAUCCAGGAACAUAACGCGGCAUUUUCAGCUGGGUUUGAAACCUACAGUGUUGGGGAGAAUGAGUUCAAUGACCUCACAAACGAAGAGUUUGUCAGCAUGCUGAAUGGGUAUCAGGUUCCUGCCGAGCAGGAGGAAAAACAGAAUGCAGUCUUCACACCUCGGUCAACUGACCUCCCAACAUCGGUUGACUGGAGGCCAAUGGGAUUUGUUACUCCAGUGAAGAACCAGAAGCAGUGUGGAAGCUGCUGGGCCUUCUCUGCUACUGGUAGCCUGGAAGCUGCUCAUUUCAACAAGACCAAGAAACUUGUUUCUCUCAGUGAACAGAACCUGGUCGACUGCUCAGCAAAGGAAGGAAAUCACGGAUGUUUCGGUGGACUUAUGGACUUUGCUUUCCAAUACGUCAAGGAUAACAAUGGAAUAGACACAGAGGAAUCAUAUCCAUACACUGCAGUUACAGGAAAGACCUGCAAGUACAAUGCAACUAGUAUCGGAGCAAACCUCACUAGCUGGGUUGAUAUCAAGAAGGGCAGUGAGGAAGAUCUUGCUGCAGCUGUAGCUCAACAUGGACCUAUCAGUGUUGCCAUUGAUGCAGGACAUCCUGGAUUCCAGAUGUACAAGCAUGGAAUCUACUACAGUAAGCUAUGUAGUUCUACUAGACUAGAUCACGGAGUACUCGCAGUAGGAUAUGGACAAGGGAAAAAUGCUGUUGGUAUGACCCAGAAGUUCUGGAUAGUGAAGAAUAGCUGGGGAGAAUCAUGGGGAAUGCAUGGAUAUAUAAACAUGGCUAAGGAUUUGAAGAAUAUGUGCGGUAUUGCUACAGCUGCCUCAUAUCCUGUAGUUUAACUGUAUCAAGCAGACACUGAAAAUAUUGUUUGUUUAUACCAAUCAUAAUAAAAAUGUAAUUUUGCA